CCCAUCUCAAUUUCUCCAUCCUUAGUCCCUCCCACAAGGUCACGGACAAAACCAAUCACAGCACUGCACCAGCAGACUCCUUUCCUUUCAAUUCUGCCCCAUGACAUCCACUACGUCCUCGCCAUCAAAUACCUCGACUUUGACACCCUUCUCGCACUACGCCAGACAUGCACAACUAUGUUCGAUUUGCUAAAUGCCGAUCUUGUCCACAGAGUUCGCUCAGAAUUCGUGCAGAAGUCUCUGGAUCUCGAAAUGAAACGAUUCCGCGACUAUCGCACCAUCUACCCCCGCCAACGCCUUGGGGCCCUGUGGGAUCUCCUCUAUGCCGCCUUCGAUUUUAGGCUGAUUGAGCGUCCCGCGAAAGAACUACGUUGCUAUGGCUGUCUCGAGGUGAAGCCGUUAUGGUGCUUCGUCGAGCGCAUGAGUAAUAAAGGCACUGGGCUCGGUGCCAAGUCUGCGCGCGACCGGCUCUGCAAGAAUUGCAUGCGCCGCUAUCGCGAUGUGGAAGGUCAAUGGUGGAAGGAGAAUUGGGUCAAGAAGAGUGACACAGUAAGGAAAGCCAGUCGCCUGACACGGGUGAAGCGUUGGGCUCUGGAGGGCAAGAGCCUCUUAAACCCUGCAGAGGAGAUUGGCGUGUGCUCUUGCUGUGGUAGCGGCACAUUUGAACUAUGGUGGGGCUGCGUAGCAUGUUUCGAGCUAGAAGAGAAACGACGCAGGGAAGAGGACUUGAUAGAAUAUGACGGUGUUGGGAGGAAAAUCAUCAACGUGGUGGAGUCCUGGCGGGCAAGGAAGGAAGCGAAACGAAGAUCUCAACAAUCUCUUAGGGAUCGGAGGUCUCAACGAUGGUGGAUGCCCGCCAAGAAUCUCAAGUUUCACUGGGAAGGUGGCGUAGCCGAACGCAAGGCCGCAUUGCUCGAGUGGAAGGACAAUAAGAGUCAGAAGAUGUCUGGAGUUGGAUACUCGAAACAAACCUUUGGAGCAAGCCGAAGCUUGGAAGACCAAGACCGGAAACCUCGAUGGCGAGCUAUUGAACAAACCCCACUGCCUAAGAGCCGUCGUGAAGCGAGGUGCUCAAGCUGUUGGGUUCCGAACUGCCCGCGAAGAACGUAUAUCUUAGGUCUGGCAUACGAGCGGCCCUUACCACGCGAGCGCUGGUGCAGUGGAUGCCAGCAGGAUUUUGACAACCGAUAUGCCAAGAAAAGAGAUAUGAAACGACGUAGGAGAUCGCUCAAUCGUGACGCGGAAGGCAUUUUCAGCGCCUCUUGGGACGAUGGUCUCGGGAAUCUCUUUGACGAG